UUUAGGUACAGACCAAAAGUGGAGCCAGAACACAACUAAUUUGGAGUCACUUGUGCUAGAGUGUUCCUAUUCUCAUUAUCUCGAUCAUAUAUUAUCUUCAUAGUUCGGCUAUAUAUCAAAGCCGAUAUGCAGUGAUCUGGGGAAAAAGCUUCAAUUGGUGGUCGCACGACAAAGGGAAAACCUGCCAAGAUGACUGAGUUGCAACAGGAAAUUCAGCAAGUAGAAGCAGUUGACAAGAAGAAAGAGUGGCAUCGGGAGAUUACUGAGAAGCUUCAUCGCAAGGUGGAAAGGGGCUCUGGAUUUCUGAGCAUUCACACAGUUCCAACGAAACUUCGACGAGUGAAGGAUGAUGCCUACAACUGUCGCAUUGUUUCAAUCGGUCCCUUGCAUCUAGGGAACCAUGAUCUUGCAGCCAUGAGAGAGCGGAAAUGGGCUUACAUGCAUGACUUAUUUCAGCGAAUCGAAGAUCGUGAGCGGUAUCUGGAAUGUUGGAAAGAGUGCACGAGUGCUAUUUAUGAUUUAGACUCGGAUAUCCGUAGAUGCUACGCUGAAAGGAUGACCCACAAAGAGAAGGGGCACAGGGAGCUAGCAGAAGUUGUGUUACUUGAUGGAUGCUUCAUACUGGAACUUUUCCUCAAGUCUGUGGAACACUUGAAUAUGACUCUAGAUUAUCAAUCUGAUGCAAUAUUCAAUAGUGCUUGGAUGAUCGCCGCUCUACAACAUGAUCUAGCAUUACUUGAAAACCAGAUCCCCUUUUUUAGUCUCGAACGUUUAUAUGAGACCAUUCAGCCUCAUCUAAAGAAUAGUCGACCAAACUCUGUCGCUAAUCUUGCUCUUAAUUUCUUCCAACCUAUGAACUACAAGGCCUUUUUUGAAGAUUGGGGCACGGAGUACAACCAUUUGCUUGAUGUCUUGCACAAGUUUUACAUCCCAAGUAACUGUGAUGUCUCGAUAGAAAUUACAAUGAUCACCGAAAUGAAGCAUCACUCUAGACCUGAACCAGUAUACGGCAGUACUAAAAAAUGGGGAUUCAAUUUUUGUGCUUCAGAACUUUUGGAGGCUGGAAUCGAGUUUCGAAAGCCGCAGAGGACGGACCAUUUGUUGAACAUAACUUUCAGCAGGGGAGUAAUUAAAAUCCCCCCGAUUUUCAUUGACGAUUCACUUUUGAGGAACUUGAUAGCCUUCGAGCAAUGCAGUCUCGGCAGCCUGCAUCACAUGACAUCAUACGCUAUUCUCUUGAAGAGUCUCAUUCGUACCCCGCGGGAUAUUAAACUACUUAAGCAAAGAGGAAUCAUAAGUUCCAAUUGGAUUAGAGACGAAGAGUACUUGUCUCAACUUAAAAGUGUUCUGGAUGAAGUUGUUGUGAAGGAGUUCUACUUUGGUGAUUUGUGUGACAAAGUGAAUGCUUACCAUGGCAAGUUCUGGUUUCGCAGAGGUAUAAAGUACAUCUAUCGCACCUAUUUCUCCACAGCAUGGAGUAUGAUUUCAUUUGUUGCAGCCAUUAUACUUUUCAUUCUCACAGCUACACAAACAUUCUUUACAGUCCGCCCUCGCUAAUACUUGUCUCCGUUUUCAGUCAGUUAUAUAUGUGCUUGAAGUUUCCUCCUGUACAAAUAAAACCUGUAUCAUCCUUCUGCUUUCACAAUUUAUGUGUAAUUGUAUCAAAGCCAAAGUGGAUCUUCUGGAAAUGUUACAUGUGAGUUCUCAUUUC